CAGUCUGAGAACCGUGGAGAGACGAAAGCAAUAUGCAUCACGUUACAGUCGAUCCGGUGGCAUGUCAUAGGGCACAUUAUGAUCAGCACACUCUCGGCCGAUGUCACGAUAAGGGAUAAUCAACAAAUGUUUUCCACGCACGCAUCAUCGCUUCCAAAAAACCGGCUAUCAUGGGCAAAAUGAACAAUGCUCGCAUAGUUUCAGUUCCCGUAUGGGACACGCUGAAAAUACACUUUCUUUCUUGCGUUUACGGGUUGUGGGUGUUGACGAAGAGACUUUUGAAGUAUUUGUGGAACGGGAACCUGGAACACUUGAAGGCUAACGUGAGGGACAGUCCCCCCAGCUGUUUGGAAGAUACGUCAUUGGGACAACAUAAAUAUGUCAAAUUGAAGGGCGUCAAAAUCCACUACGUAGAGGCGGGCGAUCGCGCCGAUCCCCUAAUCCUCCUCCUGCACGGGUUUCCCGACUUCUGGCUGGGAUGGCGCCACCAGAUCCCGGUCCUGGCAGAGGACCACAGAGUCGUGGCCAUCGAUCUCAAAGGUUUCGGCGAUUCGGACAAACCGCAAUGGCGUAGCGGCUACCGCGUGGACGUCAUCCUGGACGAGCUGAAACAGUUGAUCUCGGCGCUGGGAGCCACCAGUUGCAUCGUGGUGGGCCAUGAUCUCGGAGCACUUAUUGGUUGGUACUUCGUCUACCAAAACCCGUCGCUGGUCAAUAAAUUCUUCUCGAUCUCAUGUCCCCACCCGAACAUGUUCUGGAACACCUCGUCCAACCAAUGGCUGAACUGCGUCCAGCUGCCCUACCUGCCGGAGAUCGACGCCCUGAAGCACGACGUCCAGAUAAUCAGCGAGUACCACAAGUACCUGCCGGAGAACUACCUGGAGGCCUACAAGUACACCUUCUCGCGCAAGGAGGACUGGACUGGCCCGAUCAACUACUACCGCAACCUCCCCUUCAACAAGAUAUCGGAGAAGAACAGCGAAUCUCUGGACGUGUACACCGUCCUCGUGACAGGUAGCAACGACAAGAUGCUAAGCCUGGAAGCCGUGGUAAAAUCCUCGGAUUAUUGCGAGAAGGUUCGCGUCAAGAUUGUAGAUGGCGCUGGUCAUUUUCCGCACCAGGAGAAGCCAGAGGUGUUCAACGAAAUACUGGUCAAGUUCUUGAGGAGGAGGAGGAAGGUCAGCAAGACGCCGUCGCAGAAGCUCAUAGAGAGGAUGUACGGCGCCGUUUCUUCAACUGUCAAAUAUGGUAAUUCCGUGCUUGAUUCCGUACAGAAGAGGUCUAGUGUCGUGUCUAUGCCGUCCAUAAACAUUCUGAAUAAUUUGCAUGGCGCCGAGAGGGGGAAAAUGGAUUGAUAUGGUUGAUCGGGGUGAUUUUUGUAUACCCAGUGAGUGAGUCGAGUCGGUCGUAGUUAGUUAUUACCUUGUUACUUUAUAAUUGUACGAGUUUUUAUGUUAGUUAACUAUUUCUACAAAUAUAUGAAUGUACGUAUCUACUUUUA